AUUUACUUAGCCGGGGCCAAUGGGUGCUCACAAGAAGCCUGCAAUGGCCAAACGCCAGAAGAGCAAUGAUGACUUCGAAGGCCUAGCCAAGGCUUUGAAACCUUGGGCGAAUGAUCGAGAUUUCGUGAAGUACACCAUUGACAAGUCCAUGAAGAAAAAAGAGAAGCAUCACCUUGAGCUAUACGUGAACCAUUUGAAACGCAUCCAGGAUGUAGACCGGACCUUCAAUUUCUCUCUGGCCACCAUUACCAGCGCUUUGCACACAGUCAACAAGGAGAACGGCGUGGUUGAUGAGAAAGAGGAAGAUGGAUGGUGCGCCAAUCGAGCUCUACGUCUUGCUGCUCUCUUUCGCCAUACAGCGCAGGAGGCCCUCAAUUGCAGGAAGUGGAUGCCUAAGGAGAUGUGGACUGGGGACGAAGCACGCCGUCGUCGACCAAAAGCUGACCCAGCUCCUGAGGUAAAGGAGUCAGCUGAAGUCUUUGGAGAAGUACCGGACUAUGAAUCCUUCGUGGACACGCAAAUCAUGCUUCGCCCCGUGAUUCCGACCGGCGGCAGCCAGCUCACUGAUCCUCGGGUGGAGCCUCGAGAGCCUGCCGCCAGCGCAAGCGAUCGAGGCACAAACAAAAGGGACCUAGAACGACACGUGGUACCGCCUGAACAGUUGGCAUCACCUCGACCAAAGGUGCCAGCCGAACCGAGUGCAAAGGAGGAAGAAUCACAAGAAGUUCACCAAUAUGAAUUUGGGUGGUGUGAAGAGAGCUUACGCAUGUGGCGAAAGCAAAUCUUAGGUCCAAAGAAAAGGGGCCCCAUUGAAUUCUCCAAAGUUCCAACCGUAGACGACUCUGCGGACGGUGACGCGCCCGUCGUGUGUGUCUUUGGGGAUGGUCAGAAGGCUGAAGUUUCGCAUCUCACCAUGGACCCUCUUCUGAUUUCUGUUCAUGUUUUUCUGACAUAUGUGUUUUUAUGUCCUGUUUUUGAGGUGUCCCGGUUUAGCUGUUUUUUCAUGCUUUAAGACCAUCUGUCGGACACCUUCGAAUGUGCAUUCCCGUCAUCGCCCUCUGUUCCCAAGCCCCCCAAUUAGGAAACAUAUCGUCUCUUUCUCCCUGUCUAUAUACUCUGUUAUGUUAAUUAGUAUAAUAUGUAUACAUGGGUGUUUUGUGGCUCGUGGGUUUGAGACUACCGCGAUAGCCUGCUGACUUCCCCUGGUUGCCGCAGCUUGAGCCUUCAUUCCAAGUAAGGAAGACUUGGCCAUCAAGUUGGGCAAGAAGAGCAAACUGGCCUCGACCGUUGUGCCACCGGCUGGCGAACCGAGUGAGCAGCCAGCUUGGGAACUUGAUCCAAUUUCCAAGGACCCACGGAUGAAGAGAAUGAUGAAAGAAGAAGUUGCUGAGGGUGAGCGGGGUUCUUUGAAGAUUCAGCUCAAGCCUCAAAAGGGUAGAUCGGCUAUAGUUUCAAUGCUCUUCAAGGGCCUAGAAGACAAGAAGUUCUCCCAAAAGAGUCAAGUCGUCGUAAAGCCACCAACUAUUUUGGCAGUCGAUGCUAUGGUCAUUGUGAAAUUCUUGUCUUGCAAAUUUAUGGAUGGGGAGAUUGAUCUGGAGGCAAUGAAGGCCGCGAAAUAUGACCUGUUAGAGGCACACCAGCAGGGAAAGCUCCUAGACCGCUUGAAGUCUGAGCUAGACCCAAACAACCCAUCCAACCAAGAGUUCUUGGGUAUUGUAGAACUGCGGCAAACUUUGACUUUGGACACUUCGGGUGGACAACAUGAUGGUCGAGCGGAUGGGAAGCCUACACCUGGGACAGGCAAUGCUGGCACCGCGGCCUCCUGAUCGAUGCUGACUGCUGUAGCGUCAGUUGAUUGGACACUUGGGGACCGCUAUAUGGCCGGACCUCAACAGACGCACACCCCGGCCAGCCCUAUAGAUAAAUCGCUUCGGUUCUUGAACGAUGUUUCCGAC